UCCACUAUUGACCAAAAAGAAGGAAGCAAGAAAACAGAAAAGCUCAUACGUCUUUCUGAAUCUAAAGGCAAUAACUGCACUGACUUGCUUCUCAGAUGGAGUCUCAGACCAAAACAGGGAAGGUUUUUCUCCAACCACGCAAAGCUGGCAAAAGAUGGAAGCCGGUGUGGAUGUCUCUUUUUCCCUGCAGUAGCAGUGGAGUGGGUCGCCUGGAGAUCCAGGAAAUUGGAGGCGGUGGUGCUGGAGGUGAUCAUGGUUCUGGGGUCAGGAGACAUCACCAGCUUCGUGAGGAAAAGAAGAUGAAAGUUGUCCGACUGUCCGAGCUGAUCAGCGUCCUCAGACUCCCCCCAAAUGCUGAGGCCUGUCCCAUGGAGAACAUGUCAGCAUUUUGUGUAGAGACACAGGACAGAACAAUGGUGUUUGCUGCACUCAAAGACGACUGUGUGGAGUGGGUAGAAAAACUGUGUCACAGCACGUUUCAGAAAGGUGUUGGCUCAGGCUCUCGUCAUCAUCAUAUGGAGGAGAACCAGAUUUAUGCCUCAACAGAUGAAGUCUCAGAGUUCUGGGUGGUGGUUCAGAGGAACGAUGCAGCGACACGUUGCGGCCUGCAGGGGUCGUACUGGCUCCAGGUGGGGCAAGAGGCACUGCUACUGAGAGAAACACAGAAGAACAUUGUUAGAGAAUGGCCCUAUGAACUGCUGAGACGAUAUGGAAAAGAUAAGCUGGCCUUAACCAUUGAAGCAGGUAGACGCUGUGACUCAGGUCCUGGAACGUUCAUCUUUGAGACACAGCAGGCUGAGAAAAUAUUCUCCCUGAUUCAGAGUACCAUCAAACGUAAGACUUCAGCUGUUACCUCAGGAAACCAAAACCAAGAGGGUGAGAAAGUUAUUGUAACCAACAUACAGGCUCACUCCCCUCUCCCCAAAAUACCUGAUAUGACCAGUAUGGCUGCCAUUCUGGAGAACAACCCGAAGACACAGGAGAGGAAAUCUGCUGCUUUAGAAGAGAGUGCACACGCUCAAGAAGAUUUGGUUGGUUCAUCAGAGUGUGUAUCACAGCAGCCAGCUUCUAUCACCCUCAUGCCUCUCCCGCUGAUCCCCACACACGACAGCCACUCUGAAGGUCAGCUUGGUGACCAAUCAGAAGCUGUAUAUGCUGACCCAGCUGACUGUAUCCAAUCUGUACCAAAACGGCAACCAAACUCGGCCCUGUAUGUAGACCCUGCAAGUGUUCUCCCACUCAAACCCCCCAGUUCAAAAGAAUCUCUCACUAUCCCUCGUAACUCCUCUGCUCCACUUCUGUUAUUUAACAUUGAUCACCCAGAUUCAGUCUACUCGGAGGUGUACGACAAAAUAUUUCCACUCCAGAAUAAACAAACUUUCAGUCAGAGCAAGGGAAACACAAAGUGCUGUGCAGAUAAUGAACCCAUUUACAGUGAGCCCAUAAGCAAAAAAGAGGAAGUGUCUCGUAAAAAUGAAAGCAAACCAGACCCAUUUGCCCACCUUUACGCUCAAGUCUGCAAAACACCAUCAUCUAGUCUUUCGUCGUCCUCAAAAACCAUCCCAUCUAGCUCUGCUUCCUCAUCCAGCACAACAGAAGCCACGGACCAGUUGCUUGAUGAUGUCAUUUACGAAAACCUGGGCAUUAUUUAAUUCAGUUGUCAAGUGUAGCUUCAUACUGAAAUACCUAAAUCACGUUUGUUAAUAUUUCACGAUCAGCUCUGGGCAUUGAAUGACAAGUUUCUGACUUUUCAGAUAUUUAUACCCAGUACUUCUAACACCAAAAAUAAAUUACAUUAAAAUGUUAAAUAACUUAAAACUUAAAUUAAAAACAAAGGAAUGAUUCAUUAUCGAUACAUUAUCCAAUAGUCUACUGCAGGUUGAAAUGAACCAUUCGAUAGUAGCCUAAUUCCCAGUUUUGUGUAAAGGCCUGUUCCAUUCAGACAGCUAUCCUACAGGCAGGGUGAGUUCAGUGAUUGAAGCAAAUAAAAACCGGUCUAUUGACUUAAGUUUAAGAGUAUAUGUUUGUUUGUUUUCUUAAUAUUUUGUUCUGCUAAAUAACUGCAGAAAAAGUCCAAUAGUUAUUUUUCAUUUAUAUCAGAUUGUUUGUAUAAAUAGUGAAAGAAAGAAAGAAUUUUUGUAUUGCACUUUCAUACUGUGUUACUCAAAGUCCCAUCACCCCUUUCUAUCUGAACCACAUAAAUUGUACCUCCAAUACAUAGUGAAACCAUUGUAUAUCAUCUGUUUUUAAUUAAUGUGUUUGUUAAACAAUUUCAUACAACCCAAUACAUUUUAAGCAGUUUAUAAUUACAACAAUGUAACAAUGUUAUCAACACUAUUUUCACCUCUUCCAUACAAUAUGUCAUGUGUUGAAUAUAUAUAUAUAUAUAUAUGUAAAGAUACACAUAAAUUGUCUUUAUAGUGGAUGUUAAUAUAUGUCGAUCUUGAAUGUAAACUGAACAUUUCACUGGUAUGUAGAUUCAAUCUGCUUGAUUAUUUGAUGGGCAGUUUUCUGAGCUCAAGGCAUUAUGUACUAAAUGUCCGCUCUUAUAUUAGUAGAUAAAUGAAACAAACAGAUUUGUUGCCAUUUUAGCUCGCUACAUUAAAAUGUGCUUCAAGGAGCGUCAAGGAAGAAACAUUGGGGAGGUGACUAAACUGACAACUGACUGUUUUGCUGUCAUGGUAGGAGUGUUUUCUGAAAUACCUUUGUGUCGCAUUAGGUCUGCCUUCCCUCUCAAUAUUUUGCAUUACAUUGCAAUAUGUUUUGAAUUCCCUCUGAUUCACAGAGAAAACUGAGCACAUUCGUAUUAUGUAUUAUGUAGUAGACUGCUGGUUGUGACUGCUGUUUGUUUAAAUUCUGAUUAACUCUUCAGCUUUAUUGGCAAAUCUUAAAGCAACAUUAUUGAGUAAUUUACCACUGUGGUAAAUAAGGUGAGCUGUGUACAUUCAUUUGUUAUGAUUACAUUACUUAUGAUCCAAAACUAGCAAGUCGACAACAUUGCUAACAGCCAAACAAAAACAUAACAUAAUAACACAAAGCUAUAAUACUUACUAGUCCAACAGAAAGGCAAGCAUCUGUCUCGCUGCCUUUUAUUUCACCAAGUUCUUGGAGCCCGUUCUCAUCUCAGGGCGUCAUAUAGCGACGAUUUGAGAAAGAGUGACAAAGCGUAGGUAUUUGACGGGACCUUUAGUGUCUGUGCGUCCCGUACAGACCGGAAGUGCUGCAACGUAGGAAACGGGGGCGUUUCAUACGGACGCUGAAGGGUACCUUUAGCGUAAAAUCCUUACGCUUUGUCACGCCGUCUGAAAGCGUUGAGAUGAGAACGUGUUGGAGUUCUUGCCAACAUCCGGGAACCUCUUUCUUGGUCUCUUUUUCUCUUCUCGGCUUCCUCUGUCAACAUCCUCUCUGGUCUCUUAGCCUCUGCCAUUAGCUAACGUUAUGUCCAUAGAGGCUGCUGAGCCCAGAUAUGUUUUCCACUUUCCAGGCUCCAGCUAAACACCACCAUCUGUUAUUUUAUGAAAAAGUUACAUAAGCCUGCUUGAAACUUGGGUAGCAAGCUAGCCAACAAAGCUAGCCAGCAACCGACGGAAGAGAACUUCCAUUGAGUGUGUCAUCCAGUAAGUUCGCUAACAUCAAGUGAAGAUUUAAUACCAGCGGCUAAACCAAUGUCUGUGACACCUCUGUCUGAUUUUGCUCGAGUCGACAACUUUUCUAUCACAGGCAGACAUCAAGCAAACGCAACAACAAUAGAAACAGCAAGCAGCUAACAAGUUAUUACUAACUAAACCAACAGUGAGAAGGCAGCUCAGCAUCUGCAUCCUUUCAGCUCUUUAUGUUCACGCCGAUAAGUAAAAGCCAGUCCGAUAUUUACUCUUGUCUAGUCUCUUGCUUGGUCACUCUCUCUGUUUCUCUGUCUUGCUUCCUCUGACCACGUCUUCUUUGGUCUCUUCACAGCCUCUGCCGUGAGAUCCAUACUGAGAAUACCGAGCUGGCUUCUUUUAAAGAAUGUACAUUAUAUACUUUUGCUUCUUAUAGCUUGCUUGCUGAAGAGUCGUGUUGGUGCUAUAAAGCUUUAUGCCAUUGUCGUGAAAGGUUUUGUUCACGGGAUUCCACGGGAUGUUCACGGCCGGAUCAUUCACCCCACGCCAAUUCAAAAAAAGCAGUGCAGAAUGUUCGUGUAUGUGUAUAUAAAUAACUGUAUUUUUGUUUUAUUAUUAUUUUAUAUGUUAAUAUACACUAACUUAUAUGUUAAGUUCUGUGUGUAGUAUGAAGGUACUACAAACUUUGUUUUGUUAUACAACCUUGAGCUGUAUAAUGACAAAUAAACGACUUUGUACCUUGAGUUGUAUCUUUA